UGGAGCAGACGUCGUGGGAAGUGAGGUACCGUGGUCCUUUGGGCCACGGGGGUCCUAUCAGCCGGCAGAGUUUCUAUUGGCUUUGCCCAUCUCCGUGGUGUCUGACGUCCAGGUGGCUGCUGCUCCCCUGCCCUGGCGCAGUGACUGUGUCUGGUGCAGGGCUGGGGUGGCUGCCAGGCAGGGCCCCCCUGGUGUCGAGUCCAGGGGGCAUGAGCCAGGUCAGUGGCAGUUGGGCCCGUGGCCUCGCUGACCAAGGGCCACCAUGGCGAAGCGCGAGGCCAGCGCCAGCCCCGUGGUGCGGCAGAUCGACAAGCAGUUCCUGGUGUGCAGCAUCUGCCUGGACCGGUACCACAACCCCAAGGUGUUGCCUUGCCUGCACACCUUCUGUGAGCGGAUACCCCUCUGCCUGCACAGCUUCUGUGAGUGGGGGAGAUGGCGCCUCGCCCAGCCUAAAGGUGUCACCGGGCAAGGGGAGACGGGUGCUUUCCUCUGGGGGUCGGUCUACAUACACCCCGUCAGGGACCAUGGAUGGACCCCAUUGUACCGCCAGCUGGGACAGGAGGAGAAAGGGAACCACGAACUGUUCAAGCAGGCCGUGCUGCGCGAGUUUGGGCUGACUCCUGAGAUGUACCAGGAGAGGUUCCGGAGUGCCCGCCUCUCGUGCCGGUUGUCCGCGGUGGGACAUUCCUCUUGGGGCUCUGGGCGCCACACUCCUUGGCGCCGACAUCCGAUGGCGUCCUCUCGGGCUCUGGGCCGCCCUGUGCUGCGUCGCGGCGUGCCGCCUCCUCGUGCCGGUGUCCGGGUGGGACCUUCCUUGGGCAUCUGGGCGCCACCUCCCUGCGCGACAUCGAGUGCACGAUCCUCUCGGGGCUCUGGGCGCCGCCUCCUGGUGCGGCGUCGGGUGGACGUUCCUCUCGGGCUCGGGCGCCGCCUCCUGGUGCCGGCGUCCGGUGGAGCGUUCCCUCUCGCGGCUCUGGGUGCCCCCUGGCGCGCGGCUGUCCGGGUGAUGGAGUUCUACUGCGAGUCGUGCGAAACGGCCAUGUGCCGUGAGUGCACAGAGGGCGAGCACCGGGAGCACGUCACCGUGCCGCUGCGCAACGUGGUGGAGCAGCACAAGGCCUCGCUGCAGCAGCAGCUCGACGCUAUCAAGAGCCGGCUGCCCCAGCUGACGGCUGCCAUUGGGCUGGUGACCGAGAUCAGCAAGCAGCUCAUGGAGCGGAAGAACGCCGCCGUGGGCGAGAUCAGCGGCUCCUUCGCGGAGCUGGAGCAGGCCCUGCAGCAGCGCAAGGGGCUGCUUGUGCGUGACCUGGAGGCCACCUGCAGCGCCAAGCAGAAGGUGCUGCAGGCCCAGCUGGAUGCCCUGCGGCAGGGCCAGGAGAACAUCCUGAGCAGCUGCACGUUCACGGAGCAGGCGCUGCACCACGGCACGGAGACGGAGGUGCUGCUGGUGAAGAAGCAGAUGAGUGAGCGGCUCAGCGCGCUGGCCAGCCAGGAGUUCCCCGAGCAGCCGCAGGAGAAUGACCAGCUGGACUACGUGGUGGAGACAGACGGCGUCCGCAAGUCCAUCCUCAACCUGGGCGUGCUUAUCACCACCAGCGCCAUCGCCCACAAGACGGUGGCCACAGGCGAGGGGCUGCGGCAUGCAGUGGUGGGGCAGCCCUCCUCCCUCACCAUCACCACCAAGGACAAGGACGGCGAGCUGGUGCGCAGCGGCAGCGCCAGCCUGCAGGCCCAGGUUACGGCGCCUGAUGGCGGCCGGGCUGAGGUCGAAGUGCUGGACAACAAGAACGGCACCUACGAGCUGGUGUACACGCCGCGGCAGGAGGGCGACUUCCUGCUCUCCAUCCUGCUCUAUGGGCAGCCCAUCAGGGGCAGCCCCUUCCGCACCAAGGCCCUCAAGGCCUGCGAUAUGCCUCCCUCGCCCGACGACGUGAAGCGCCGCGUCAAGUCUCCCAGCAGCGGGCACAUCCGGCAGAAGGCUGUGCGGCGCCCCUCCAGCAUGUACGGCAGUGGCAAGAAGAAGGAGAACCCCAUUGAGGACGAGCUCAUCUUCCGCGUAGGAAGCCGAGGCCGGGAGAAGGGGGAAUUCACCAACCUGCAGGGCAUCUCCACCUCCAGCUCUGGUCGCAUUGUGGUGGCUGACAGCAAUAACCAGUGUGUGCAGGUCUUCUCCAAUGAGGGCCAGUUCCGGCUGCGCUUCGGCAUGCGGGGCCGCUCCCCUGGGCAGCUGCAACGCCCUACUGGCGUCACGGUCGACAUGAACGGGGACAUCAUCAUCGCCGACUAUGACAACCGCUGGGUUAGCAUCUUCUCCCCCGAGGGCAAGUUCAAGGUGAGAGGGCAGGGCAGAGCCUUGUUCCCCGGUGGCGGCCGGGCCCCCCCCAGCCCCUCGGCCUGCCCAAGUGCCACGCUCUGGGGGCUUCCCAGCCCAUGGCAGUCCUCCACUGAGCCAACGCCCCCUCCAGGUUCCAGCGUGGCUCCGCCUCUCCCCCAGGUGUACAGCGCCGACGGCGAGUUCCUCUUCAAGUUCGGCUCCCACGGGGAGGGAAACGGGCAGUUCAACGCCCCCACCGGCGUGGCUGUCGACUCCAAUGGCAACAUCAUCGUGGCCGACUGGGGCAACAGCCGGAUCCAGGUAGGCAGCGAGGUCUGGGACCUACCAGGGGGUCUCUGGGAACCUGCCAGGCUGGCAGUUCCUCCCCUCCCCCCGACAUUGGCAUUGCCGUCUCCAGCAUUAGAGAAAUGCCCCAUCCCUCCUUGACUCUGAGUGCUGGCCCCAUUGUUUCUGGUGGCAGUGGGUUCCAUAGGCUCGUCACACACAGAGUGGGAGGAGAUUUCCCUGGUCCAUGAGACCAUCCCCAGGGCUGACCAGCUUCUGACUGGCCCUGGUGGGUAGUGAUCCGGGACGUGGCUGAGACCCUCCUUGGGCCUGGCACUGUGAUGGCGGGGCAGGGGCCCAGGUUGUUCCGGGCGGUGGGGAGACCCUGUCGGAGGGCGAUGCCACGGCUCUGCAGUACAUAAGAACAGCGAGACUGGGUCAGACCAAAGGUCCAUCUAGCCCAGUAUCCUGUCUACCAACAGUGG